CACAUAACUUACAGCAGUGUGUCCUGCUCGUUGACAUUGGGAUAGCAAACCUACAGGAGAACACACUGCUGACUUCUCUAACAGGGCAGGAUGGGAGCCUCCUUGUCCACACCUGCUGCUCCUACAGUCCGGGCAGAGGCCAUGAUGGCCGCCCCUCCUCAGGGCUGCCCCAUGCACCAAGAAGCCCAGCCUGUCAAAGUGUCUCCACCUGUGGAGUGUCCCAUGCACCAAGAAGCCCAGCCUGUCAAAGUGUCUCCACCUGUGGAGUGUCCCAUGCAUCAAGCUCAGCCUGUCCAAGCGUCUCCUCCUCCGGGGUGUCCGAUGCACCAAGCGGCAGCAGGUCCAGUUCACCAGGACCGGGCCUACGACUUUGUGGAGUGUCCCAUGAAAGCUGCAGAAGGCAUGAAGAGUGACAUUGACCCAGCGAACAUGAUGCCUCCUCCUAACCAAGUACCAGCUCCAGACCAGCCCUUCUCCCUCCACCUGGCAAGAGAGGAAUCCACCAUUCCCCGUCACAACACGGAAAAGAACUGGGUUUACCCGUCUGAACAGAUGUUCUGGAACGCCAUGCUGCGGAAAGGGUGGCGCUGGCGUGAAGAUGAUCUCGGCGCACAAGAUAUGACCAACAUCAUUAAAAUCCACAACACGAACAACGAGCAGGCCUGGCAGGAGAUCCUGAAAUGGGAGGCGAUGCACGCAGGUGAAUGUCCAUGUGGGCCGACCUUGAAGAGGUUUGGUGGUAAAGCCAAAGAGUUCUCUCCCAGGGCUCGCUUCCGCAACUGGAUGGGCUAUGAGCUGCCUUUCGACCGCCACGACUGGAUCAUCGACCGCUGCGGGAGGGAGGUGCGCUACGUCAUCGACUACUACGACGGCGAGAUCAACAAGGAGAACUACCAGUUCUCCAUCCUGGAUGUGCGCCCCGCCUACGACUCUUUAGGUGCCGUCUGGGACCGCAUGAAGGUGACCUGGUGGCGCUGGACCUCCUAAAACGGACUUGGACACUUGUGU